CUCCCUCUCCCUCUCCCCCUCCCUCUCCCCCUCCCUCUCCCUCUCUCUCCUUCGCUCGUUCGCUCGUCUUCUUUUGCUCCUUCUCUUUCGCCCCGAACACGCCGACACACUCACGCGCACAUACACACGGGUACCCUGCCUCGCGCUCCGCCCUCUGGCCGAACUCCGCGUGCGAGGGCGGACGGUGUGUCGCGCGUGUAAAACGGCAUAUCUUUCAUCGCCUCUCCUUUUUGCGUGGACCUGAUCGCCCCCGGGGCGCCCCCGUAUCAGCAUGCCGUCGCUCAUCAAAAUCACCAUCCUCGGCGCUCGGAAUCUUCCCUGCUCCAGCCGAUCGGUGGAAUUCAGCGCUGAGGCUUUCCUCGGCGAGCGUCUGUUGGAACGGACCGGCAAAUCUGCAUCGGCCAAUCCCUUCUGGAACAAGUCGAUGCGCAUCGAAAUUGCCAACGAGUCGGAUAUUCACAACAAUGCGCUCCGAGUGGUUGUCGUGUCGAGUGAGGCCUUCCAUAAGCCGGAGAAAGUGGGCUCGGUCCUGCUGGAUGUGUCGCCCCUGUUCACCUCGACCAAGGUCCUGUCCGGAUGGAUGCCGGUCUACCAUCGGCACGGCCUGCGCGGAGAACUCUUCAUAUCGGUCAGCCUGGAGCUUUUGGGCGAUCUGAACCCCUAUCGGGACUCGUCUGCCGGCGUGCGGUUCUACUCACGUAGCUCCGCCCCUCCAGGCACCUACCUCAAGGUGAUCGGCUUCGUGGAGGAGAUUUUCGAUGGCGACACGCCCCUGCGAUUGCGGGACAUCUUCAAGUCCUCCGGUGCCUUCGACGAGGCUGGCAUCAUGUCCAUCGCUGGCCAGGUCCAGCGGCUGAUCGGGCAGAAAGUCAUCCGGCUGGAGGGCAAUUCCGUCCUGGGCUUUGAGAUCCAGAUCGACCCGGAGGACAGCCUGGUGGUCCGAGCCACCGGGACCGCCUGCCUGCUGAAGCAAAUUGACGCGUCCUCCUCUUCGUCUUCCUCCUCUUCGUCCUCCUCCUCGGAGGAGGACUCCGACCGAGCCCUGUCCGCCUCGUCAGAUGAUUCUGCCCAGUCCGGGCUCUUUGACCAGGGGCAUUCGGAUUCCGGGUCGAGCACCGACGAUUCCGGCUUCAUGUCACACUCGGACGAUGAUGACCACCACCUGGAGAAUGGGAGUAGCCAUGCUGGCACCUCGGACUCCGACAUGGAGGAGGACCAGCUGCCUGGGUCUUCGGCCUUGAACCCUCUGUCGCAGACAACGCCGGCCACCGCCCUCCAGGGCGAUCAGGCGCGUCCCGCUGAGGACCCCCACGACCAGGCGGACGGCGGGCGGUCAGUGGCCAAUCGCUUCUCCCGGCGCCAUGCGGUGACCGCCUCGUCGCUGGAGCUGCCGCUGAUUACCAUGCGGCGCCUGGGGCCGGAGCAAAUUGGCCGCCUGGGGGGCAUUGUGUCGGCGCGGUCGGUCAAAGUGUUCGAAGUCGACGGGGUGGAACGUCGGCGGGAGCUGCGCGACGAGUGGUGGAAUGAGCUUCGGUCGGAGAUUCGCGACCACGCACGGACCCUCCGCUGCAAUGCGGUGGUCGGCUAUAGCGAGACCCUGGAGGUUGUGGACGAUGAGGUGUUGAUUUUGUCGGCCGUCGGCACGGCGGUGCACCUCCUGCGCGCACACUAUCACAAUGUCACCGACAGCGAGGAUUCCAGCAGCUCCAGCUCCAGCUCCAGCUCCGACUCGGAUCCCGAGCGAGGACGCGACCGGCGAGCAGCUCGCGCCACCCGGCAGACUCGUGCCACGACGAGGUCGGCUCGGUCGGCCAGGCGGGCCCCGCGGCCCGGGGCAUCGGUGCAGUUGUUCCGUCCGCGGGCCACUGGCGGGCGUCGGACCGGGCUCUUUAGCCCUCGGGGCUCGGCCUUGCAGUCGUUCAUGGCGGAUUCUCGGCGCCGGAGCCGGGGUCCCGAGGGCGCAGCGGCCGUGGCCAUUCCGGACCAUCUAGAUGGCGAUCGGGCCCACGCCGGGGGCAUGGGCGUCGCUCGGACCCGGACCACCGGCUCCCGGCCGAUGAUCUGGGCACAGGCACGCAGCCGGCGGCCGCCGGCCGGGACAGGGCCCUUCUUCCCGGAGCAGCUCUUCCGGCGAAGUCACAGUGCGCGUGCGGUCAGUGCCAGAAGGAGUCGCAGCCAUCCCGGGCAGGAUGGCCAUCGUCCGUCCUCGCGGCCCGGGGCCAUCGGUGUGACGGACGGCGAGUAUUUGGCCGCGCGCGGCAUGUCGCCGGCACCCGGGGCGGCGUCGACCACCGGGGCAGACCCCCGGCGCGGCGGGGCCACCAGGACGCGCCUCAGUCGGCAGGGGUCACGCAGCAGCCUGCACAAUGUCCCCGGGGCUGGAGCCCGGUCACGAAGUGGUUCGCAGAUGUCCACCACUGUCGGGGACAAUGGCGAGACGGUGGCCCAGGCGUCGCCCGGGCGGUUCUGGCGAAGCCCACGCUCGCGGCCGAAUGCCACGCCGAGUGCGGCCCCGGCAUCGGCGACGCCGGUGCACGUGCGCCGGUCCGAUGGUCGAGCGGCCAGUCGGGGCGCGGCCGCGCCGACCGGGCAUGCUGAGGCCCGGCGCACGCGCCACGAGGCGGUCAACACCCGGCUGUCGACGGCCCUGAAGAAGAAUCCCGGCUGCUCGCUUUGCCAUGUGAGCCAUGAUCUGCGCAAUAUGGCUCCCUUCCCGAUGGCCUAUCCCACAUGCCGGCUGUGCCGAGGCAAGCAUGUGCCGGAGCUGAUCAUCGCCACGACCGAAGGUGUCCCGGGUGAGCUGGAGUGGCUGCAUGCGGGGAACUUGGUUUCCGGCGAGUCGGCGGCCAUGGUCGCGCCAGGUGUCACUGAUGGUGGUGGCAGUGGUGUCGGUGGUGUUGGUGAUCGUGCGGGCAGCGGGGCGCCGCUCACCGGGGCGCGCUUCAUCGAAGCGCGGGUGUGCCGCGCCCUGCCUGGGACCUCGUCAUCGCACCAGCUGGCCCUGGCCCUGUCCGGGAGCCUGCCCUUUGUGGAGCAUGAGCUGUACCGGCAGCUGCAAUACCGUCUGCGCAUGAUGGGCAUGAAUGCGGUGUUCGACUUGAACAUCGUUCUGUCAGCCUCGGCCGACCUGCUGACCAUCAUCGCCACCGGGUCGGCCAUCUUCCUGGCGGCGCUGCCAAUCCCCCAGCGUUUCUCCGUGUCGGACGAGUCCUUCAUGGGUCUGAACCCCGUCCUGCAGGGGAUCUACACCCGGGUGAAGGAGGAGGCCAGGGAGUCCUACAGUGCCAUCGACUUUCACUUGAGAUCCUUCUUUGAUCAGCGUCUCACCGAGGCGCAGUUCUUGACCAUGCGGUCCACCCCGCACAGUGGCGGGCUCCGGUCCUGGCGCCCGGCCGGCUUGCUGUCACCGCACUCCGGCGAGGGGGCGUCGGUGACGGCUGCGAGUGGGAUGGCCACGCGCGAUGUGUCCUGGGGGGCCGUUUCGCCGGCUGGCCCGGCGCAUGACCCUUCGACCAUGGGCGAGUAUGGCAACUUCGGGCGCGGUCAAGACUCGCUGACGCCCGAGUCCGAGACAUCCAGCGACGACUACUCCUACGACCAGCGCAUCAACCACGUCUUGACGGUGGACGAUAUGAUUGACGCACACCGGGUGAGCCUUCUGCCCUCGCUGCGGUCUUCGGCCACUGUGCGCUUGCUGGCAUCACACGAUGUGAAUCUCAUCGCCAACGAGGACUACGAGGACCUGCUGCUCAACACGGAAAGCGAUUCCAGCAGCAGCUCCAGCAGUAGCGCCAGCAGCUGUGCUACCAGUAGCUCCAGCGGCCCGUCGAGCUCCGGCAGCGGUGGAGGCCCCCAUGGCGGCGGCCUCACCACCUCCUCUUCCGUGGCAUGGGACGAGCCGGGCGGGCACCAGUCCCACUCGUCGGAUGAUGAGGUCUUCCGGUUGGGCCCCGCCGAGCGGCGGCUCUCGGAAUGCCCACGCCUGAGCAUCCCGGAGCCGGAGCUGCACAUCGCCCACACCGACCAGCCAUCCAUCGGGGGGCUGGCCCUGCUGCCGGUGUCCGAGGGCAAGACCCCUGGCGGUGCCUCGCCGGCUGAUGUGAUGCGCCUACUGGACGAUAGCGCCGCCGGUGGGCCCGAUCGCCGCCAUCCCCGGCAGCAGCGGCAACACCAGCGACAGCAACGGCAGCAGCAUCACCACCCCCGGCAACACCAGCAUUCGGCCUCCUCGACCGAGCCCCCGCAGCAGGCAUUCCUGAUGACCGAGACCCGGACGGUGACCCUGGUGCAAAAGUUUUCCCUGUGGCACCCGGAUGACAGUCUCGGCCUGGUGGGGGAUGAUCAUCCGGCUUCGACCCCGGCGACGAGCGAUGUACCAUCCGGCGGCGGCGGCGGCGGCGGCGGCGGCGGCGGCGGCAGUCUCCUGAGCAGCAUGUGGACAAGGAGCCUAGGGCUGGGCGGGGGUAGUGGCCGGGCGGCCGGCGGCCCGGGGUCCGGGGGGCCCGGUGGAUCCGGCGAUCCCGGGACUCUGCGCGCCCCGGACACCAGCAAUCCCACGGCCGUGGCUUUGACCAGCCUGAAGUACUCCCGCAGGCUGAAUGACAGUUUGAACCGGCUGUACGAGCAGCUGGUGGCCAAGGUUCACCGGGAGCACCAGCCCCCGGGGCCGGUGGCCCUGCUGGACAGUCUGAGCAGCUUGUCGAAGGCCGCGGCGGCCGGCAUGUGCGCCGCGCACCGGGCCACCUAUGGCCAUCCUGGGGUGAAUACUCUGGGUGCGGCGCUGCCCGCGGCUCCGGCCGGGGCCAGCUGCCUGGAUGCCCUGGCCGAGGCGGACGCGCCGCUGGUGUGUGCGCGUGCUCGGAGCCUCAUCGACCCGCUGGUCAUCUGCGGGAUCCGGUACAAUUUCCAAUGUCUGCCAGCCAAUCAAGUUUUGUUGACGCUCAGUGCGCUGGUGGUGGCCCGGCGCCCGGCCGCCGUGUGGGAGCGCCCCUGCUGCCUGGUGGCUGACGGCCAGUCGCCGGUCGAGUCGGCGGCGGCCGCGGCGGCCAGUCUGACAUCCUCCGGCAGUAUGCCGCUGCUGGGCCAUGCGCCGCUCAGCGAGGAGGCGCCCCACCUGACCGUGCCGAUGGCGCUGGCCGGCGGGGACACCGACCUGUUGGUGGCCGGUGGCGGCGGCGGCGGUGGCGGCGGCUCGGCCACGCCCACUCCCCCCGUUGAAGACCUUGCCGACCUUUCGCCGUGGGACACGCAUCGCUGGCUUAACCACAUUUCCUCAUCAGCGCUGACGAAGCGGCCGAAUGUCAUGAUCACCCCCUUGGAUACGGUGUUCGGCGCGCGCAUUGUCGGGCAAUUUGGCAACCUCUUCCUGCCGCUAUUGCGCGAGGAUACCUCCGCCCCGUCGCAUCACCAGCACAAUGAGGAUGCGCGCCUCGGGGACUUCCUGCAGGCCGUGUACUUUGAAUCCUCAACGAUUCGAUGA